AUGGGAAAACCCUAUGUAUUUUAUAAUGGAGAUUUUCUGAGAGGUGAUUUACAAAAACUGUUGAAANAAGAGGACAGUCGUACCAAAGAGUUGAAACGUGUGCGCAGGGCUGACCCCACGCCCGCCCCCGAGGAUGACCCGCUACUGAUAAAGGUGGGCGCCGUGGGACAGAGGUGUCUAUACUAUUACACGACAAAUAUAUCGGUGUCCGAGUUGAGCGCCGGUAAGUUGACACCACUGGUGGCCUACAAUAAGCCGGGUAUCGGUAUCGGUGAUCAGGGUGCGCUGGAUCCUAUAUCGCAGUGCUGGGUGAAUACGACCACCGAUGGUGGCGCACCGGAGCAGACAAAGGCCGGCUUACUGUUGCUGACGUAUACGAACGGGACAUUAGUGACCAAGUUCAAUAUUUCGAUCAACUCGUAUUACGUUAAGAAAGGCGUAACUAACUUCUGGAACAUAUCCUCGUUUGAGGUGACCCACCAAUCCGUUACCUACAAAAUGCUCGCCAAAGACCUGACCGCGGAGUAUAAGUUUGGCUACAGUUGCUCAGCCCUGACCCUCGUGUCCGAGCUGCCAAAAAAAGGCGACACCGUCGACCCUGACGGAAAGCGACUGGUGGUGGUGUUGCGUAGGUUCCAGCUCCAGCCCUUCCACAACUAUCUCAAUCAGGAUAUAUUCACGGAGUCCUUCCACUGCGAGACCUGGAUGACUAUGCCCUUGUGGAUGGGACUCCUGACACUACUGGUCCUGUUUGUCAUACUGUUUAUGGGCCUAUACUUCAUAUCCAUUGUCAACACUCCCGACCGGUUCGAGAACCCGAAGGCUAAGCCACUGAUCAUUACGAAUGCGGACGAGUAGUGUGUGUGUGCGGGGGUCGGGACCCCCGGAGUCCCACGGGUUUUACGACAAGUUCCCGAUUUUUAAAAGUGUUGUGAACCCUAUUGUAGCGCAAAAUUGUUAUUAAAUUGUAGUGUUUUUUAGUGUAACUUAUGUUUAAUUAAAUUAUUAUCCGGAUUAGUUUUUGAUUAUAAUUAAAUAAAUUUGAUUUUUAUGUCUAUAUUCCAGUCUGUGAUCAUACAUAACAUUAUGAAACACAUUGUAAUCAAGUGAUACCCCUUUCCCGUCAAUUAUGGGUUGGGGUCUACAAUCAUAGCCAGUGAGGGCUAGUAUUGAAUAUUUUUGGGGAUAUAUUUAAAUUAAUAUUUGAAAGAGUUUCAUGAGAUUAAAUGUUAAAGGUUAAUUUUUAACACCUAUUCUAUUAUAUUGUAUUCAGAUUAAUGUUAUGCAAAAUCCUUUGUGUAAAAUAAAAUUUUCAAAUAAAUGCUUUUAUAAACUAAAUA